AACCAGUAUAAAUAAAGGCAGUGACGAGCUUGAGAUUCAUCAGUGUAUCCAAUCCUCUGAACAAUCUCAGACACUAGUAAUAUUCUUGAGCCAACAUGAAAUUCGUCAUUAUCGUCGCUUUGGCAGUUGCUGCACUUGCCGCUGAAAAGCCGUACUACCCCAAACCAGCCUAUCCGGCACCAGCUUAUCCAUCAUACGAAAAAUCUUACGAUUAUGCCCCCAUGCCAUACUCAUUUGACUGGGCCGUUUUGGAUGGACCAAGCUACAACGACUUUGGACACAAGGAAACCAGCGAUGGCAAAGUCGUGACUGGAACCUAUUACGUCAAUCUCCCCGACGGCCGACGACAGAUCGUCACCUACAAAGCGGACGACUAUGGUUACGUCGCCGACGUCAAAUACGAAGGCCAGGCCAAAUACGACGAAUACAAGCCCGCAUACCCAGCCUACCCCAAACCCGCAUACCCCGCUCCAGCUUACCCAAAGGCUUCCUACCCUGAGCCAUCCUACCCCAAGCCAACUUAUGCUCCAAAGGCCGCCUAUCCUUCUUAUUCUACUCCAGCUUAUCCUUCAUACCCCAAGCCUUCUUAUCCCAGCUACCCUCGCCCGGCAUACCCUAAGCCAAGUUAUCCCGCCCCGACUACCACCGAGGCCGCCACUGAUGCUCCCGCUCCAGUUGUAGAGAAAGUCGCAGAAAAGAUUGAGGAAGUCGUUGCUGUUGAACCUGUUGCUGAAGUAGCCGUUGCUGCCGAGGCUGAGAUUGCCGUUGCUGCGGAACCAAUUGCCGAGCCAGAGACUUCAACCGAUGCCGUUUAACUCCUCAGACGAUUAGCCCUAUAAAUAUUCUUCGCAAGAACAUUCAUAAUUUAUGUAAAGCCAUCCUGUUUUCCGUUUUUUUCUGCAAUUAUGCCAAUUGCCUCAUGAAUACAAUUAUCGUUAUAUUCAA